AUGGCAGAUAAUUGGGAAGACGUGGCCGAGUACUUACUGCGAAAUAGAAGAUUACGAGAAAUGGUCGAUGACGUUUUGAAUUCAUUGGAUGAAAUUAGUCCAGACUGCCGUUUCACUACAGGUAAGCCUGUCUUUAUUUUUCUCUUUUCUCCAUCAGUUACAAUAAUAUACUGACUACUGUUCACCGGUGGUUUUUAUUAUGUUAAAACGAAUUAUCAACGCUAAAAUUUUAAAAAGCCAAGCGAGCAAAUACGUUAAACGAAUUGUUGCACACGUCCAUUGAAUACAUAGCCCAAGUGUUAUUUUUCUGAAAACGCCAUAGAUAUCAUUGACAACUAAACGGAACCUGUUAAACGUGGUCUUCUUUACUGGUAGCAACAAAAUAGUUAAACACGUCCUUUUGACUGAUUUCUUUAUAGAUGAGAAUCGAAAGCAUGAAAAGAAAAAGAAAAACAAGAGACGAAUUACAAAACCUGAUCUGAUACAAAAGCAACGCUUGCUAAAAGAGUACCAAAUGACAAAGUACCUUACGCAGGAGAGGAAGAAAGAACUGGCAGGAGAAUUAAAUCUGUCGCAAGUUACCGUCAAAGUAAGUUCUCAACCUUAAGAUAUCUCAAUGCAUUUAAAUCUAGAAGAAUAACCGACGAAAAGUAAAGAUACUUAUACUCUGCAUGCAUGCAUGGAUCUAUGAUUUAUUUCCGAAGUCGCUAUAGGUUCGGCAAUUUCCGAGGGAUAUUAAAGGAUAUUUUUAGGAUAUAAUUAUAGGGUUAAAUUAUUUUAGGGUUAGGGUUAUAUUUGUAGAUCAAAACAGCCGGUCCUAUAUAGCAACGGCCAUUUAAUUUCCCAGCGGUUUAAUAUAUCAUAUUUUGUAUUUUCUCUUUACAGAAUUGGUUUCAAAAUCGGCGAAGGAGAGAAGCACUUCUUAAAAGAAAUAAAACGGUUAAUAAAAUGCGGCGAAUGAGCAUACGCAAGAACGAUGAUGGUGUACCUUGCCUCGUUCCGAGAAAUGUUGACAUUAAAAUAUCUGAAGUACUGAAAUCGGAAACUAGACAGCUGAACUAUCAAAACAAUUUGCCCGGCUUUGUUGUCACUCAAGAUGAAAAUGGUAUUUGUUUAUUGCAUGAACUAUAA